CUAGCUUCAACGUCAAAAUGUGUUGGUCGCUUUAGCUGAAGAGAGCACACAGCUAAGUGUUGUUUUUUGGUUUACUUUUGCUUUUGUUACGUUUUUGCGACUCGGGUUUGGGCUAAAUGGCGACCGAGAGAUUGCCAUGAAACUUCGGGUGCAGAAUGAAAGGACUGGUUCCGGAAGAGCAGUGAAACUGAGGGAUUAUCCAGCUGCAAUGCAGCCAGACUCAAGUGAGCGGGGUGUUCAUGCAGGAAAUGGUUUAUCCCUACCUCUGCAACCACAACCUCUCACAAGGGCACCGGGAGCCCAUGUUGCUGCCGUGGCCUCUGAUCCAGAGAGCGCUGAGGUCCGGGUGUCCAUGACCGGGGGCCCCGGGGAGUCCAGUGGAGGCGCAUCGUCCAGGAGGUCCAGGAUCAACUCCCACAGCCACUCGCAUUCACACGCACACGGACACAGCAGGCCGCAGCAUCACUCCAGUUCUGAGCCUGACACCGACCCACCGGACUCGGACCUGGACUCCGGAGAGCCCAGCGCCUCCCUGUCGGAGCUCCGCUGUCUGUUCCGCUGGCUCCAGAAGAGCCUUCCCUUCCUGGUCAUUCUGUGUGCUAAACUGGUGCUCCAGCAUGCUCUUGGUUUAGCUGUUGGGGUUGGCCUCUUCACAACUUUUUUAUAUGUGAAUAAAAACAUUCAAACUCAAGUCUUCCUUCGGGAUCGCCACAGGAAGCUGUACUGCCUGGGGCUGCUUCUCUUCCUGAUCUCCUCCACCCUCCUCCUUUACUACACCUUUUCCACUGAGACACUUUACCACUGCCUCAUCUUCCUCACUCCAACCAUCGAGCCUUUGGGGUUCUGGGAAAACCUUUGGGCUAUUGGCAUCACCAACUUUAUAAUAAAGUUCUUCUUCAUGGGUAUUAAGUGCCUUAUCCUGCUGCUGCCCUCCUCACUGGUGACCUACAGAACCCUGGGGCGGUGGCUGUCAUUAACGGAGGAGCUGGGUCAAGUGCACCAGGCCACGGCGCCGGUUCCGUUGUGGUUCCGCUACCUGGUCACCUUCCAGGAGGCUGACGGCGCCCCGGCAUUGACGAUGGGGGUCCUGCUGGCUUUACUCUACCUCAUCCUAAAGCUUUUAGGAUUGUACAGCCAGUGGACGUCUUUACUGAAAACUGUGAGGGUGGUUUUUGCUGGCGAGCAUACAGGCACAGCUGCAACAGGCAGUCAGUGCAGGGAGGCUGGAGACGUGUGUCCUAUCUGCCAGGGAGAAUACAAGGAGCCUCGGGCUUUACUCUGCCAGCACAUCUUCUGUGACGAGUGCAUCGCUCUGUGGUUUAACCGGGAGAAGAGCUGCCCCCUCUGUCGCACCGUCAUCACAGAGAAGGUCUACCAGUGGAGGGACGGAGCCACCUCGCCCCACCUGCAGAUUUAUUGACUAAGUGCACAAAUAGUGGGUGUGGGGUGGUGGGAUUCAUUUGUAUGUAAGAUUACUCUUUCUUUUCUUUUUUUUCCAAAACCCCACUGACGGGUAAAGUCACGACACACUGUUUCAGUCGUCAGCAAAGGGCUGAACUCUCUGUGGUCUGAGUAUUGCACAGUGAGCUUUUUUUUUUUUUUUUUUUUACUUCAAUGGUACUGCACUUCUCCAAGUAUAUUAUUUUGCAUUUUCCCUUUUUUCCCUCUCCUUUUAGUAUUGUUUUUGUUUACCUUUCAUGGCAAUACAUGUUUUCCUGAAGGGGCAGAAAACGGAAAUGAAUAGUUUCUAAUUCUUCUCAGUGUGGACGCAUAAGAGAAUUAUAUAUUAUAUAUAUUUUUAAAAAGUAUUUUAAACACACCUGUUCUCCGUCACAGACUUGAACAAACACAUCACAAGGACUCUGAUUCAUCCAGUGUUUGAUUGUCGUUAUAAACGCGUAGAUGUGCUGCUGAAUGCCAACUUUGGAUUCAAAGCGGAUGCUCAGCUUUACUAAGAAUAACUGCAACGGUUCUUUGGAGGUCCAAGACACAGUGAGGUCCCCAAACCAGCCCCAUGCGAUGGGGUAGGUUUGCAUUUUGCUUCCAGUUUUUUUUUUUUUUAAGUACAUUUUUCACGAUUGAUGAAAAGAAUGCAACUCGUGAGACUAAUUUCCACAAAUUAUUUUUCUAAACGGGUGACUUCACAUUUAUUUGUAAAAGCCAAAGAUCAGUAUCUAUUUUCUGUAUGGAAACCAUUGUUUUACCGGUAUUUUUAACCAUAAACUAUCCAAAUAAAGAUUUACCAUUGUAGACUGCAGGGCUGGGAUUUGUCCAAUGUCGUCUCAGACUGGGAGCUAAAAGCUGAAAAUGAGAAACACCCAUCAGGUAAUUUAAUGUAUUUAUUUAGAUUCCAUUAUGUACAUGAUACAUGUCAUUCUCAGAUCAGCCUCUUUUCAUGAGAAAUGCUGAAAUAAAAUAAAAAAUCCAACGCUCAGCAGUGAAGAAAAACAUCCCAUCUGCUGAAAGAUGAUUUUCCCAGGUGACAAAAACUCAAUAAGAUGGUUGUCACCAAACGUCUCAUAGUGGAAGGACCUUCUCAAGCGUAUCUGAGCAGAAGCUAAAUGUUUCCUCACAGACUUAACCGAGAGCCGGUGAGGUGGUGAAGCAAAGAUACGAGUGUCUGAAAGUUAAACUCUGGAAUAAAUCUCAGCCUAUUCCACAAAUACUUUUCUAACUGACAGCAAACUGUACAUACACAAUGUACACUGUAUCCAAAGGCACGAUGCCCCUCCCUGUUCGUUUUCUGUCUAUACAAUAUGCCAUGUUCGCUUCAAGCACUGCAAAAAAAACAAAAAAGAAAAAGGUCUGAAGUAACAGUCUUAAAUAUCAAAAGCUCUUUUAGAAUAUCUCGAUCGAAUGUGAAAUGGCACAAAAUAAAUACUGUAAAACGCUAAAGCCAAUAUUAAAUUAAAAACGCUGCAUUUGAGGUGGUGUGUUGUGUGGACAUAAAAAACAAAACUCAAACUUAAUGACCAAUAAAAGAACUCAAGUCACACAUUCCGCUGCCUUACCUUAAUAUACUAAGUAAUAAAUACAUGGUUUGCAUAGUGUGCAGAACGCAGCGGAAGCUCAAUGGCACUUGAAAUAAAUAACCUGAAAAAAAAAAAAGGUGAAGCGACUGCUUUUGAAUGCAGCCGUUCUGGAAUGGCAGAAGAACAGAGCCAGCUCAGCCCGACCCUGAUCCAUUAUUUUCACCUCGCUCUGCUUUCACGAGCCUCAACCGCACGGAAAGAGAGAAAAGAGGAACGUCUGCAAAGUUAACGUGCACAAACGGAGUAAAAAACAAGCCUGAUUUUAAAAAAUAGACAUGAACAAUAUUUAGAAUUCUUUGAUGAAUCAGUGAUUCAUCUCAGAGUCUAAGAACAAAGCAUUUUGCUAAUUGACACGGCGACUUUGGCCUGUUCAGCACACUCAACUAUUUGGAUUCCAAGACAAUUCCCUAACAUUCGUUUUCCAGUAACAUUAUGGGAAUCCACAUUCAACCGUGGGACAGCUAUUUAUUUUAGGGUUGGGGGACUUUUGCAUCAGAGAGCCACAUCAGUAACAGGUCAAACAUCCCAACUCAGAUGGGUUUGGUCGAUGGUCCACUAACAUAAAUUUUGGAUUAUCCAAAAACCAACAAUCAGGGCCGUGUUGCUGCCCAAAAAGGAUUCCCAAAGAACCAAAGACAUGAACGCAGCAUGAAUCAGUAAAAGGCAGUGACACCAGUCUGGCUCAGAGUAUUCUAGGUCAUCAAGUAUGCUGGUCUCAAGUCAUACCAGUGGCAACGAGGCUGCAGGAUUAACAUAAGCACAGGAGACUUACGUGAAAGGCUUUUGGAGUGUUACAUUCAAAACAAA